CAAGUUACAAAAAUCCAUUUUUAUUUGUUAGAAACACUCUGGAUGUCUAUAUCUUUGUUUGUUCAAGUUAUUUGAAGUUAGGAAGUUGGUUGGAUUAAUUAGUUAUGGAAGACUUUGACAAAGUUUAUUUGGUUGUGUAUGGUGUGGUCUCAUGGACUUCUGCAUUUUUGUUAACUAGAAAGAUUUUACCUAAACGUUCUUUUGAUUUCUGUAAUCGAAUCGUUUCCACAAUUCAUGCCGUGGUCGCGGUCAUGUUGGCUGUUUUAUCGGUUCAAGACUGGAGAUGCCCGGUUUGUCCCCUGGCUUCGAAUUCUUCCCCUCUUCAGAUGAGAGCUUUAGGAGUUACUCUAGCUUACUUAAUCUAUGAUUUAGUAUGUUGUUUGUUUGAUAAAAGCAUAAAAAUCGAUAAUUCGGUUCAUCAUUUAGUUAGCAUUGUUGGAAUUGGAGCAGGUCUUGCAUAUGAAAAGUGUGGAUCAGAAAUGGUGGCUGCAAUGUAUAUCACAGAAGUAUCUAGUCCAUUUCUUCAUUUAAGAGAGCUUCUCAAAGAGCUUGGUUACAAGGACACAGAUGUCAAUUUAGCAGCUGAUGUUGCGUUCGCAUUGAUGUUCACAAUAGCAAGGAUGUGUUUUGGACCAUAUCUCUGCUAUGUUACACUAUCUGCCAAUAAUCCUAUUCUCAUCAAGGCAAUGGCCUUGGGACUUCAGUUAGUCAGUGCCUUCUGGUUCUGCAAGAUUGCAAGAAUGGUGAAAUUCAAAUUCACGAAGAGAUCCACGUCCAAAGCCACUUAGCUCUAGCCCAUCAAUGUAAACUAAAACCAUUAAGAGUUAAGACUACGAUUCAUGAAUAUAUAUUCUCUAAAACUCUACCAUUUAGAGAUCUAAAAUUCCAUUAUUCUCUCAA